UCCGCUCUUCAGUCAAACUCCAAAGAGAUACCUCAUUUCCAAACUCGACUUGAGAAUCUCCUUUUCAUCAAUACCGCCAAAAUGGUCCGCACUUCCGUUCUCCACGACGCCCUCAACUCCAUCAACAAUGCCGAGAAGGCCGGCAAGCGUCAGGUCCUGAUCCGACCUAGCUCCAAGGUCAUUGUCAAGUUCCUCCAGGUCAUGCAGCGCCACGGCUACAUUGGCGAGUUCGAGGAGGUCGAUGACCACCGCUCCGGCAAGAUUGUCGUCCAGCUGAACGGCCGUCUCAACAAGACUGGUGUCAUCUCCCCCCGCUACAACGUCCGCCUGGCCGAUCUCGAGAAGUGGGUCGUCAAGCUGCUGCCUGCCCGUCAGUUCGGCUAUGUCAUCCUCACCACCUCUGCUGGUAUCAUGGACCACGAGGAGGCCCGACGAAAGCACGUUGCCGGCAAGAUCAUCGGCUUCUUCUACUAAAAAAUCGGCGAAGAGAGAAAUGAAAAAACUGAAUUUGCGGCAUUCUCGGCGUUCCAAUGGUGGUCGCGGUGACAGUGAUCAGCAUCCUCUGAUUUAUACUGGGAUAGUCACCUUUUAGCUUAGCGUACACUGGCAAUAAAUCACAAAUGAGAAAGCCCAAUUCUACUUG